AUGUUCAUAGUUAUAGUAGCAAUGAGUGUCACUUUGCUGCAAAUGGUAGUACAAUUGGAGAACAUUAUUGAAACAACGAGAUAUAUGGCAUUUUUUACUGGUCAAUUGGUUCAUAUAUUCUUCUUCAGUCUGCAAGGUCAAAGAUUAAUAGAUCAUAGUUUACAAAUACAUGAUAAGAUAUACAAUUGCUCCUGGUACAAAAUACCCGUGAAAUCGCAAAAACUGCUUUUAAACAUCAUGAGAAGAAGCUCGCAACCGAAUAUUUUAAGCGCUGGCAGAAUAUACGUUUUUUCAUUGAAAAGCUUCAUGACGGUAAAGAAAUUUUUAUGAAUCUCAUGUUACAAGAUUCUACAAAAUUAUUU